ACAAGGAGUGGGUGUGGGUGUGGGUGCAGCCAGAGUGUGUGUGCACACGUGUCAGCGUGUGCAUGUGCUAAGACUGCUGUAAAGUGUGUGUGAAUGGAGCGGGGGUGUGUGGGACUGGCUGCUUUGUGGACCGGCCACUCAGACUGGCGCCUGUGCCUUUACCAGACAGACUCGGGCUAGUUCCUCUUUCCAGGAUCCCAGAACUAGAUCCCCCUCACUGGUCGUCUGACAGCUGGGCACGCCCAUUGCUGGCUGGCAUCCCAGAGCUGGGGGCUCGACUGUAUCUGUCGUUUGCUGUUUGCUCGCUCCUGGUCUGUAUUGUGAGCCUCCUUAGGAGAAUGAGGUGUCCUCGGGUCAGGACUGUGUGGGGAUCCGGCUGGGGCUGCUGCCUGCACUGCGUGUGCUCCUGCACCCUUUGGUUCGGCUCCCACUGUAGUAGGCAUCGCUGCACCAUUUGGAGCCGGCAGCCAGGUGCAGCAGUGCCUGUCUCGGUGAGGCCUCUGCUGGCUCCGCUGCCUCGGCUGCCUGGGUCUGUGCCUGCAGGGGGAUGUCUGCCCCCUGUCUGCUGCCCCCAGGCCUGUGGCGACGGAAAGACCCCCUCCACUUUGGUGACCAGGUCAUGCCAACAUAGUCCCCCACCCCUCCCGCAGCUGUGGAUAACAACAGUCUGAUCAUCUGCCUCCUGUAUUUUCUUAUGCCAUUGAAGAUGCCUGGUGCAAGGUCUGUACUGUCCUGAGAGUGUUCUCUGUGGCCAGAAAGUGUGUCCCUUGUGGCUAGAUCUGCACCAGUUGCCCUGUUGUUGAAGCAGAGACCUUUGGGUGGUCAGAUGGUGUGAGCAGCUGAUACUCGUGGGUCACGGCCUUGGGCACUCCCUGCCUACAGAGGUGGUCCUGGCAGGGAGUGAGGGGGCUCUUGGCCAAGAGGGGAGAUAGGGCGGUCAGAACCUUGCAGUCGGUGGCCGUGGGGUUAGUGGAGUUGGCUUUGGUCGACUCCCUGUGUGAGUGUGGGCUAUGUGUGUGUUGGUGCUGUAGCUGGGAACCUCCAGCACAGGCCCCAGGAGAAGGGACCAGCAGGCAGCUGAGUCUUCUAGGCCUGGCCUCAGAGAGCAUGGAGGUUGCUGCCUGUUUGUCACCUCCGCUGAGCCUUCUGCAGCCUUGUGCAGUGCCUGGCGGGCCAGCUGCUGUAGCCUGUCCUGCUCACCCCAGCAUUGCUGUGGAUGGAGCCCCCGGGCACCCUGCUGGGGGGAGCGGGGCUGGUGGUUGCAAUUUGGGCCUUUGACUCAGCUCCUGCUGACCCCAUACAAAGCAGCCGUGGAGGUCUGUGGUCUGGGGCCGUAUGUGGAGAGGCGGUGUGUAGGAUCAGGGUUCUUGGGCAAGAAAAGACCUUACUUCUGGAGGAGACACAGGUAUCCCUCUGUUUUUCCUCUUCCUACUCUGUCCUUUUCCAAGGAAGAGAAAGCAUCAUCCUCAUCUCCGCCCCUGCCAAGUUCUCUUCACUGCCCUUCACUGCUCAGUUGCCUUGGCCCUGCACGGGCCGAGAGCCUCCCACCCUCCUCCAGGAGUGAGACUCCAUGUGGGAAGCGUUUGGAGGGUCCCAGGAGUCCGUAAUUGUAGACCCUCACGUCUGCAGAGGCUGGUGUUUCACAGAACACUUGGAGAGCACUUAUCUCUGUGAGCAUUGGGGCAGCUGUGGCUAGACAGGGCGCGGGCCCUUUAUCACCCCGUUUGUAGACUCAAAGCCUCUCGGAGGUAGGUGGAGACUUGCCAAUAAGUGGGAAGAGUCAGACUCAAGUCCUCCAAAUUCUAGAUCCUCUUUUCCCAAACCUCUCCUCCUGGACAGUUUGUCCUGUCCCUGAACGUAGGCCUGGAACAGAGUUGGAGGUCUGAGCAGCUGGGCGGCUGGGAAGCCUCAGUAACUGGCUCCUACUCAGACUGGGCCCCUUCCCCAGCUGACAGCCAGCUCCUCUCCCCAGCAAGGCCUUGUCUCUCCCAAGUGACCCCACAAGCCGGGCCAGAGGACAGCGGGGAGCAGCAAGGCCCCUGGGCAGAGGGAGCUGGCCCGGGAGGCUGGGCUCAGAGUUGAGGGCUGCUCCCCCUCCCUUUUCUCCCCUCCUACCCUCUGGCCGGCCAGGCCCUGCCUACUCGCUGUCCCCUAGAGCAUUGGAUUUUAAGGAAGCUUGGCCCCUCCCUGCCUGCCUGCCCUUCCCAAUCAGCCUACCCUGUUUCUCCCCCUUGGGAUCCCUGCAUUCUGCUGGGCCCUGCAUGGCACUGUGGAGGUUAAGGCCCUGUCAGUUCUGGAGUUCGUCUUACCUCCCAACUCUGAUGCUCAUCCCCUUGAUUUCUGGGCUCCUUUGAACUCCCCCAGCCCCCUGCUCACAGCCAUCCCAGGGUCUCCCCUGCUCACAGCUGCACUUGGUACAGCCCGUGCGGCCCCGGGGGACUGGCUGCAGCUUCACUCGGCAAACAGGCAAGGGGCAUGGGGCUGCUGGCUGGAGCUGGCUGAACUCUGCAGGUAGGGUCCAGGCAGGGACCAGGCUAAGUGGGGGGCUGGGUCCUGUAUCUGGGGCAAGUACCUUCCUCCUCCCUUUGUCCAGGCUUGGGACCAGACCUGGAGUGUGGGGCACAGAGACUUCAACCCUUUCCUAAGCCAGGGUGGAGAGGGGAAAGGAGAGUGCUGGAGGGGAGAGCCAAGCUUCCCACUGGGGAGGCUGUGCUGAGCCCAGGGAGGGCUCUCUGGGGCUGGGCUGGGGCUCAGGCAGCCCCUAUAGACUCGCAGCCUCGAGGUCUUUAGUGCCAGCCUCCUGGUGGUACAGAUGAGGAGUUCCAUCCUUGAUGGAGAAGGACCCUUGGCUUCUGAUACUCCCUUACCCAGGGCCUCCGGCCCAGAUCCCGGGGCCUCUGAGUGGCGCAGACUGUUUGUGGCAGCUCCCUUUGGAGGGGCAGCCAGCAGUGGGAGGGGCGGGCCAGGGCCAGGCCACUUCUUGGCAGCCCUGGGGUCCUGGGGGAGAGGCAGGCCUCUAGGGAGGAGGUCGGGUUCCCCUGCCAACCAGGUCCUCCACUUGCUCUCCUCUUCUUCCCUUGAGGGCUGGUCCCCUGGUGAGAGCUGAGGGGCAGCUGUGGCUCUGCUGUGCUCCGUAGGUCUGGGAGGUCGGGUGCAGUGCCCUGCCCUGCCCUGCCCCUCUGAGUGGAGGGUCUGCUAGUCCCCGGGGCAGGUCUGAUCCCGGAUCACCUGCUCUGGGAGCUGUAGGCUGGGGUCCUUGGUGUGGCUGCUUGGUCUUUAAGAGCGUCUGGUAUGUGUCUGUGUGCAUGUGAGUGUGCAUGUGUCCGUGCACGUAUGUGCGUGUGUGCGCACGGACACAUGAGUGCCUGCUCUGGGAGGCAGUCACUUGAAGAUGGCCUGAGGGCGCAGGCCCUAGUCCGGGGGUCUUAUCUGUUGAGUGAAUGAAUGCACUCGUUCCAGGGGCAGACUCAGGACCCCCACCCGCGAGCCUGGAAUGGGUGCGGGUGGGGUCCUUUAGGAGUCACACUCUGGCUCACUCCUCCGCCUCUGAGGAGGGACUGCCCACUUUCCAGGCCCUGGGCUCUUUUGGGAGCUGGCCUGGGGCAGGUGGGGGCCCAGGGCUUCCAGCGGCUGCCCCUCCACCCUUUGACCCUGGCAUCACUGUCUCUGCAGAGGCUCGGGGUGGUCUGGGGGCCCCUCCGCUGCAGGCUGCCCGAUCUUUGCCGGGCCCCGCCCCCUGCCUCAAGCACUUCCCGCUCGACCUGCGCACGUCUAUGGAUGGCAAAUGCAAGGAGAUCGCCGAGGAGCUGUUCAGCCGCUCGCUGGCUGAGAGUGAGCUCCGUAGUGCCCCGUAUGAGUUCCCCGAGGAGAGCCCCAUCGAGCAGCUGGAGGAGCGGCGGCAGCGGCUGGAGCGGCAGAUCAGCCAGGAUGUCAAGCUGGAGCCGGACAUCCUGCUUAGGGCCAAGCAAGAUUUCCUGAAGACGGACAGUGACUCGGACCUACAGCUGUACAAGGAGCAGGGCGAGGGGCAGGGUGACAGGGGCCUGCGGGAGCGUGAUGUGGUGCUGGAGCGGGAGUUUCAGCGGGUCACCAUCUCCGGGGAGGAGAAGUGUGGGGUGCCGUUCACAGACCUGCUGGACGCAGCCAAGAGUGUGGUGCGGGCACUCUUCAUCCGGGAGAAGUACAUGGCCCUGUCGCUGCAGAGCUUCUGCCCCACCACCCGCCGCUACCUGCAGCAGCUGGCCGAGAAGCCCCUAGAGACACGCACCUACGAGCAGGGCCCCGACACCCCUGUGUCUGCUGAUGCCCCGGUGCACCCCCCUGCGCUGGAGCAGCACCCAUAUGAGCGCUGUGAGCCAAGUACCAUGCCUGGGGACCUGGGCUUGGGUCUGCGCAUGGUGCGGGGCGUGGUGCACGUCUACACCCGCAGGGAACCCGAUGAGCAUUGCUCAGAGGUGGAGCUGCCGUACCCCGACCUGCAGGAAUUUGUGGCUGAUGUCAAUGUGCUGAUGGCCCUGAUUAUCAAUGGCCCCAUAAAGUCAUUCUGCUACCGCCGGCUGCAGUACCUGAGCUCCAAGUUCCAGAUGCACGUGCUGCUCAACGAGAUGAAGGAGCUGGCCGCCCAGAAGAAAGUGCCACACCGAGAUUUCUACAACAUCCGCAAGGUGGACACCCACAUCCACGCCUCAUCCUGCAUGAACCAGAAGCAUCUGCUGCGCUUCAUCAAGCGGGCGAUGAAGCGGCACCUGGAUGAGAUCGUGCAUGUGGAGCAGGGCCGCGAGCAGACGCUGCGGGAGGUCUUCGAGAGCAUGAACCUCACUGCCUACGACCUCAGUGUGGACACGCUCGACGUGCACGCGGACAGGAACACCUUCCAUCGCUUCGACAAGUUCAAUGCCAAAUACAACCCUAUUGGGGAGUCUGUCCUCCGAGAGAUCUUCAUCAAGACCGACAACAGGGUUUCUGGGAAGUACUUUGCUCACAUCAUCAAGGAGGUGAUGUCGGACCUGGAGGAGAGCAAAUACCAGAACGCGGAGCUGCGGCUCUCUAUCUACGGGCGCUCGAGGGAUGAGUGGGACAAGCUGGCACGCUGGGCUGUCAUGCACCGCGUGCACUCUCCCAAUGUGCGCUGGCUCGUGCAGGUGCCCCGCCUCUUUGACGUGUACCGUACCAAGGGCCAGCUGGCCAACUUCCAGGAGAUGCUGGAGAACAUCUUCCUGCCUCUGUUUGAGGCCACUGUGCACCCUGCCAGCCACCCGGAACUACACCUCUUCUUGGAGCACGUGGAUGGUUUUGACAGCGUGGAUGAUGAGUCCAAGCCCGAGAACCAUGUCUUCAAUCUGGAGAGCCCCCUCCCCGAGGCUUGGGUGGAGGAGGACAACCCACCCUACUCCUACUACCUGUACUACACCUUCGCCAACAUGGCCACGUUGAACCACCUGCGCAGGCAGAGGGGCUUCCACACGUUUGUGCUGAGGCCACACUGCGGGGAGGCUGGGCCCAUCCACCACCUGGUGUCAGCUUUCAUGCUGGCUGAGAACAUCUCCCACGGGCUGCUGCUGCGCAAGGCCCCAGUCUUGCAGUACCUGUAUUACCUGGCCCAGAUCGGCAUUGCCAUGUCCCCACUCAGCAACAACAGCCUCUUCCUCAGCUACCACCGGAACCCGCUACCCGAGUACCUGUCCCGAGGCCUCAUGGUCUCCCUGUCCACUGACGAUCCCCUGCAGUUCCACUUUACCAAGGAGCCACUGAUGGAGGAGUACAGCAUCGCCACCCAGGUGUGGAAGCUUAGCUCCUGCGACAUGUGUGAGCUGGCCCGCAACAGUGUGCUCAUGAGCGGCUUCUCCCACAAGGUGAAGAGUCACUGGCUGGGACCCAACUAUACCAAGGAGGGCCCCGAGGGAAAUGACAUCCGCCGCACCAACGUGCCAGACAUCCGCGUGGGCUACCGCCAUGAGACCCUGUGCCAGGAGCUGGCGCUCAUCACGCAGGCCGUCCAGAGCGAGAUGCUGGAGACCAUCCCGGAGGAGGCGGGUGUGGCCACAAGCCCAGGGCCGCAGUGAGCCUGGCCCACGCAGCGCCCACCUCAUCUCAGCACCUCGGCCGGGUUUCGUUUUCAGAGCCCUCCCAAUCCUGUUGUAGUCUCUGCAUGUCUCCGUUCUUUGUCUGUGUCUUGCAUGUCUCUGACCGUGUCCCUGUCCCUGGGCCACCCCAGGGAAAGCAAUGCCUGGGAAUCUCCUUCACCGUUGUCUUAGCUCAGGUGGCACCUGACAGCCGAGGUUCUGAGGGAUGGCCCUGCUGGAGGCUCUGUCCUAGGAUCCUCAAAAGCCUGGCUAUCCUCUGGGCUUCUCCAGUGUCCACAGGGCCUGGGGAUGGUUGUGGGGGGCUGGCCCCUCUAGUCUUUGGAGUCCUACCUGGGCAAAUCUGAGCUUUGGCCGGGGCUGAAGUUUAGACCCCUGUCUUAUGUGGCCAAGGAGCAGUUGGGUGGGGUGUGUACAGCGCUGCUGUGGGCAUCAGCUCUGUGGUGGGGAGAGCUGGGCCACAGCCCUGGGCUGCCUGGCCUGAGGGGGUGGGCCCCCGUCUCCACCGAGUCACUGCCCAGCAGCCUUCUCCGUCCUUUCCCCAGCCCACAUGCUCCUCUGGUGUCAGCUUCCUGUGCCUCCAUGAAGAGGACAGAUGCCCUAUGCUGUGUCCGGGGCCACUGCAGCCACAGGGUCCUGGAUCUGCCACUAGCCCUGGGAGUAGUGUCCCAGUAUGGCCCCCAGAGCUUUGAGCAGACCUGGAUCCCGGCUGGCCCCCAUGUUGUGUUCUGGACUGAGACUUUUGCUGUGAAAUACAGUGUUUCAUACGAUCCGUCUUUCCUAGUGCAUGAGAAAUAAAGAUUAUUUAAGUAA